AUGGGAGGGGCAGGCCUUCUGCUGCGUCUGCGGCUGCUGCUGCUGCUGGCUGGGGCCGGGGCAGGAGUGGCCUGGAGGCCUCCAAAGGGAAAAUGUCCGCCACACUGUUCUUGCUCCAAGGACAGUGCCCUGUGUGAGGGCUCCCCGGAGCUGCCCCAGAGCUUCUCCCCGACGCUCCUGUCACUCUCACUCAUCAGGACAGGAGUGCCCCAGGUGAAGGCUGGCAGCUUUCUGAAGAUUCCCUCACUGCACCUGCUCCUCUUCUCAUCCAAUACCUUCUUUGUGAUUGAGGAUGACGCGUUUGUUGGCCUGUCCCACCUACAGUACCUCUUCAUCGAGGACAACAAGAUCGGCUCCAUCUCUAAGAACGCCCUCAGAGGACUGCGCUCACUCACGCACCUAAGCCUGGCCAACAACCACCUCGAGACCCUCCCCAGAUACCUGUUCAGAGGCCUGGAGACCCUGACUCACGUGGACCUCCGUGGGAACCCAUUCCAGUGCGACUGCCGAGUCCUUUGGCUGCUACAGUGGAUGCCCACCGUGAAUGCCAGUGUGGGGACUGGGGCCUGUGCAGGGCCCUCUGCCUUGACCCAUAUGCAGCUCAGCCAUCUGGACCCCAAGACAUUCAAGUGCAGAGCCAUAGAGCUGUCCUGGUUCCAGACUGUUGGGGAGUCAGCACUGAGCGUGGAGUCCUUCUCCUACCAGGAGGAACCCCACAUGGUCCUGGCACAGCCCUUCGCAGGCCGAUGCCUGAUCCUCUCCUGGGACUACAGCCUGCAGCGAUUCCGGCCUGAGGAAGAGCUGUCCGCGCCCUCGGUGGUGUCCUGCAAGCCGCUGGUGCUGGGCCCGCGGCUCUUCGUCCUGGCUGCCCGCCUGUGGGGAGGUUCGCAGCUGUGGGCCCGGCCCAGCCCGGACCUGCGUCUGGCCCCGAUGCAGGUCCUGGCCCCGCGACGGCUGUUGCGUCCCAACGAUGCGGAGCUGCUGUGGCUGGACAGGGAGCCCUGCUUCGUGGUAGCUGACGCCUCCAAGGCUGGCAGCACCACGCUGCUGUGUCGUGAUGGGCCGGGCUUCUACCCGCGCCAGAGCCUGCACGCCUGGCACCGGGACACGGAUGCUGAGGCCCUGGAGCUGGACGGCCGUCCGCAUCUGCUGCUGGCGUCUGCCUCGCAGAGGCCAGUGCUCUUCCACUGGCUUGGUGGCCGCUUCGAGAGGCGCACGGACAUCCCCGAAGCAGAGGACGUCUACGCCACACGUCACUUCCAGGCCGGUGGCGAUGUGUUCCUGUGCCUGACACGCUACAUCGGGGACUCCAUGGUCAUGCGCUGGGACGGCUCUAUGUUCCGCCUUCUACAGCAGCUCCCUUCUCGAGGGGCUCAUGUCUUCCAGCCCUUGCUCAUCGCCAGGGACCAGCUAGCCAUCCUGGGCAGCGACUUUGCUUUCAGCCAAGUCCUCCGCUUGGAGCCUGACAAGGGGCUCCUGGAGCCGCUGCAGGAGCUGGGGCCCCCUGCCUUGGUGGCUCCCAGGGCCUUUGCCCAUGUCACCUUAGCGGGCAGACGCUUCCUGUUUGCAGCAUGCUUCAAGGGCCCCACGCAGAUCUACCAGCACCACGAGCUGGACCUCAGUGCCUGACACCGGACAGGACCCUGGAUAUGGCCAGGUGGCGGGCAAGUGCAGUCUGGGACAUCUGGAUGCCCUCUGGGGGUACUAAGGUCACUGCCGCUCCUGAGAUACAGACUACAGGCUAAGUGCAUCAUCAGCCCCAGUCAAAAUACCCCAUCCCUUGGAUGGUCUGUGACCGCUGUGGACAAAUGGAAGGUCCCAGCUCCCUGUGACGUCUGAGCUGUCCUCCCAAGCUGGAGCCACAUCUUGGGACAGAUGCUCCCAAAGAUGACUUGCCUUGGGCAUUCAUCCAGCAACACCAUGCAAGAGACCCCCCCCCCCCAACAUAACCCCUCCUGCUCCUGGAGGAAGAACCAGGGAAGCAAGACUUGCCCUCAAACUCAAUCUGGCCAAUGGCUUCCACGGAGGAGUGCCUGUGUCUAUAAUGUCACAGUUGCUGGGCAGUUUUUUCUGACCAGGUCAUUCCCUCAGCAGCUUGUGCGCCCCGCAGAUCUACUGUCAAAGGCUGCCCUCCAUCCUUUGCACGUGCGCAAGAGGAGGCUGAGGGAGGGUUGAGUUUAAGAGGUGUCGCGGGAAACUCCGGGCACCCCUUCCUAAAAGUGCGACAGGGGUAAGGACAGAAAGUAUGAGUUCAAUAAAUGCGCUGGGCAUCCACCCCACCCUUUUGUGGGAUCUUUUAUGGGCCAAGCUUGUGAAUAGCAUGGGGGUGGUUGGAGCCUCUGGAGCUUCAUAGGCCGGACGAGAUCCUAGGGACGUAUUCUGACAGCUGCAGCGGGGUC